AUGGCGAAGAAUAUCGAGGCCCUUUUGAAUAAAAUCAACAAGCCUGCUGUAAAAACUAUUCAGAGUCCUGAUGGCGAUAUCAUCGACUGUGUACCAUUCCAUUUACAGCCAGCUUUCGAUCAUCCUUUGUUAAAAGGACAGAAAACAAUCACGAAACUACCCAAAGCACGAUCAAGCAACAACACUUUUGUCGAAAAUUUCCAAGUUUGGACAAUGUCAGGCGAACGUUGCCCGGACAACACAGUUCCAAUCAGAAGAACAACCGCACAAGAUAUUCUAAAAGCAAAAUCUGUAGAAGCAUUUGGACGCAAAACAGUUAGAAAAGACGCAGAUGACGGCGCUGUCCAUGAGCAUGCAGUCUUCUCCGCAAGCGGGAUAUUUCUUGGAGCAAAAGCUACCAUAAAUGUGUGGUAUCCAGACGUUGCAGAGUCCGGUGAAUUCAGCUUAGCACAAAUAUGGGUUUUGUCAGGAAGUUUGGACAGUGAUCUAAACUCCAUGGAAGCUGGUUGA